AUUAGUCUUACUUGUAGGCUAGUUUCACUUGAGUUUAGAGCUCAAAAUGAGGAACUUGACAUUUCUUUGUUCAUUAACGACUCUUUUAGUCAUUGUAAAGAUGGGGUUUCCACCACCAUGUGACAGUGAAAUAUACUGUACUGGAUCCAUUUUGCAUCAGGUACAGGAAGCUAAACUGUUUGAUGAUGACAAGUACUUUGUUGACAUGAAGCUGAAAGCAGCUCCUGAUGUUGUUUUAUCUGCUUUCCACAACCUUUCAAAUGCAUCUCCUAACAUGACUGUCCCACCCGCCAAACUGCGAGAGUUCCUCAGUGAAUACUUUGAAGAAGCAGGGACAGAAUUUGAGCCGUGGACACCAGAAGACUGGCAUGAGAAGCCAAAGUUUCUGGAAAAAGUAGCAGACCAAGAACUGCGUAACUGGGCGGAAAAGAUUCACAAUCUUUGGAAAUCUCUUGGCAGAAAGAUCCGUGUUGGUGUUAAAGAUCACCCAGAGCUCUACUCGCUGAUAUACACCCCACAUCCUGUCAUCGUGCCAGGGGGUCGCUUCAGGGAAUUCUACUAUUGGGACUCCUACUGGGUCAUCAACGGGCUCCUGCUGUCAGAGAUGACAGACACGGCCUACGGGAUGAUUCAAAACUUCCUGUACCUCGUCAACAGAUAUGGCUUUGUUCCAAAUGGUGGUCGGAUUUACUAUGAAAGGCGCAGUCAGCCUCCAUUCCUCACUCUAAUGGUGGAGAGCUACUAUCGAGCAACCAAGGAUAAAGAGUUCCUCAGAGCAGCUUUACCCACUCUGGAGCGGGAGCACCAAUUUUGGAUGCAGAACCGCUCAAAGGCAGUGACCGUAAAUGGGGCAGAGCAUGUACUCAACCGAUAUCAUGUGGAAGUCGGGUUGCCCAGGCCUGAGUCCUACACAGAUGAUCUUGAAUUAGUUGAAGGACUCACAGAUGACCGUAAGGAGCGGAUGUGGAUGGAUCUGAAGGCAGGUGCAGAGUCUGGUUGGGACUUUUCAUCCCGCUGGUACAUAGACAGUGACGGUCACAACAACGGCACCCUCACAGAGACCCGCACCAGUCAGAUCCUGCCCGUCGAUCUCAAUGCUCUGCUGUGUCUCAACGAGAAGACACUCGCUUCAUUUCACAGGAUGCUGGGUAAUGGUGACUCAGCUGCACAGUAUGACCGGGCUGUAGCCCGCAGAGUGGAGGCAAUGGAGUCAGUGCUGUGGGAUGCUGAGAGGGGAGCCUGGUUUGACUACAACCUGGUGACACAUUCCAACCACUUUGAGUUUUACUCCUCAAACCUGGCACCUAUUUGGGCGCAGUGCUAUUCUCGGCCUGAGAUGCCAGAGAAGGCAGUGCAGUAUCUGAAGGGGAGUGGUGCUCUUCAGUUCCCCAAUGGCGUCCCAACGUCAAUGAGACAGUCUGGGCAGCAGUGGGACUAUCCUAAUGCAUGGCCACCUUUACAGCAUAUGCUCAUUGAAGGUUUAUCCAAACUGCCUUCAAAGGAAGCUAAAGAUCUAGCUUUUGAUUUAGCCCAGCGGUGGAUCAAGACAAACUGGUUGGCGUACUCGAAAUAUGAAGCCAUGUUUGAAAAGUAUGACGUGAAUGGAGACGGCAAACCUGGCGGUGGAGGGGAAUAUGAAGUUCAGCUGGGUUUUGGUUGGACCAACGGUGUGGCCCUGCAGCUCUUGGACCAGUAUGGGGCAACUCUCACCUCGGGAUCCAGACGUGUGUCUUCUGGCCUCCUGCUGCCUCUGGUCAUCUCAGCCCAUCGCAUGCUUCAGUGACUCAGAGGAGACAACAGAGCCUGACUGGAGGUUGGAUUUUGUUAUUCCAGGUUUCAGAAGCACUGACAGACUUCAGACUAGCACAAAUUGACAUUAAAAAAUUAGACUAAACUGUGCAUAUUUUAACAAGAUCUGAUGUUUGUUCCUCACUUUAUAUAAUCAGGAUAUUUACUUUUAUUUGCAGGAGGAACCAAAAAACCCUUUGAUGAAUAUUUUAGUAUUUAUCCUCGGAGGUAAAUGAUCUCUGGCGGUAUCAGAAGAUGCAGAUCGUUUAGGCAAUUCUGGACUCUCUCCAGUAACGCAGGCUGUUAGCACUCGUUGUUGAUCACAACAUUAAUAUCGUCCCAGAUAUUGAACUGACAUUACAAACAGUAAUUCUCCUAAUUCAAUUAUAAACUUUAUCGCUGCACUGUAUCUUAAGUCCAAGUGAAGCCUUCCGUUUACAUUACGCUGAUGUUUAAAUGUAAAAGAGCUCAU